AUGCUGGAGGAGCUGGAGGAGAGGCUGAAGGAGGCGGACGCCUGGGAGCGCCACGCGCGAGAGGCCCGGAGGCGCCAGGACCAGCUGGAGCGGGAGCUGGAGCAGCUGCGCGGCGGCGCGGGGGCGUGCGGGGGGAGGCCGGAGGAGGCGCAGGCCCAGGAGCAGGAGGUGCCGGCCGCCGGGGGGCGCCCUCAGGGCCUGGAGUGGGAGCCGGAGCGGCUGCGCGCCGAGGCGGGGCCGCGGGAGCAGAGGGUCCGCGAGCAGCUGGGCGAAAGGGAGGAGGCGAGCUGCCAGCGGCCGGAAGAGAGGCCGAGGGAGGCGUGUGCUUGCGAG